GUACACCUUCUAGAACCCACCUUUUGCUAUCUCAACAGACUUCCAAACCCACAGUCAUAAUGGCUCCCAAGAUUGCUGUUGUUUAUUACUCCAUGUAUGGCCAUGUCAAGACCAUUGCUGAGGCUGAGAUCAAGGGCAUCGAGGCUGCUGGUGGUUCUGCCGACCUCUUCCAAAUCCCAGAGACCCUCUCCGAGGAGGUCCUGGCCAAGAUGCACGCCCCGCCUAAGCCCACCGACGUGAAGACGCUCACGGACCCGGCCACGCUCGUUGAGUACGAUGCCUUCCUCCUCGGCAUCCCCACACGCUACGGAAAUUUCCCCGCCCAGUGGAAGGCGUUCUGGGACCACACGGGCGCCCAGUGGCAGACGGGUGCCUUUGCCGGCAAGCUGGCUGGCCUCUUCAUCUCCACCGCCUCUCUCGGUGGCGGCCAGGAGUCGACCGCCAUCGCUGCCAUGUCCACCCUCGCCCACCACGGCAUCGUCUACGUCCCAUUGGGCUACUCCAAGACCUUUGCCCAGCUCACCAACCUCUCCGAGGUCCACGGCGGCUCCCCCUGGGGCGCUGGUACCUUUGCCGGCCCCGACGGCUCCCGCCAGCCCAGCGCGCUGGAGCUCGAGGUUGCUGAGAUCCAGGGCAAGGCCUUCUAUGAGACCGUGAGCAAGUUCUCCGGCUGACUACAUGGAAGUGAUGAAAAGAAGAAGGAGGGGCAGGAUGGGCAGCCUGCUGCCACCACUGCUGCGGCCAAGAAGCCCGACGUUAAGGCGACCGGGAACAAUGGGCCAGCUAAGGAAGAGAAGAAGGAGAGUGAGGGGCCGUGUGGACUGCCCAAGAAGUGUGCGCUCAUGUGAAUGUGAUACCUCGGGCGAGUAGAAUUAAACUUCAAAGAAAAAAAAAAUACAAUAAAAGAUUUCGAAG